UUUGGCAACCGCCCCUCACGCGCCUCGUGGCCCCCGGUGGGGCGCGCGCGUAUUUCUCAAGCUGGUCCAGGCUGCUCCGAGAGGGUCCCGCUUUGCCGCGGCUGGCCUCGCCGAGAAGAGUCAGAGAAAAAAAAAAAAACACGCCCGAGCGGCGCCGAGGCAGUGAGCUAAUCAUCCGUGUGAGGGCGAGCAGUGCCAGGGGCUUCCAAAAGAGCCUCACGAGGACCAAGAGCAAACCCCAGGAGGAACCUCAGAGAGGAGGAACAAGAGAGUAUGGAAGAAGAUAGGCCGCGCCCUCGACGGCCUCCCGUGCUUCCGAUGCGCCGCGCGCAGCCCCAAGCAGGAAGCGCAGGAACGGAAGCAGUUGGGAAAACACCUAUAACAUGCAAUGUCGCGUGGCAAAAGUAUUAGCGCUCCGCUUCUUCAUCCUCCAAAUCGAUAUAUCGAACUGGCGCGCCGCCCCCUCCCUACCCUGGAGUGGACCUUCGCCGUCCGGGCGCCCGCUUCGAGCAGGUGGAGUCUCCUCCACAGGACGCGCGGAUCCCUGGGCGAUCCCUUCGAGCUCUGCGUGCGGGGAGCAGGCUCCCGCCCGAGCUCUCCGGCGGGGGCGGGGGGCGCAGCGCUCGCCGGGGAAGGGGCGGCAUCAUGGCCUGCCCGCACGGGCGCACGGGCGCCGGGGCUCACGCGGGGGGGAGACGGGCGGGCUGCGGCGUCCAGCUGCUGCGGGCCCCCUGCCCAGCCUGCGUCGGCACUCGUGGCGCACGGCGGUCUGCCGCCAUUGGGCACUCCGACCAGGAGCGCAAGGAACAGCACCUGGUCUCCCUGCGGAGCCAGAUGAAAGAACAAGCGCGCCGCUUGAACAAAACCUGGCGCUCAAACGUGCAUGCCGCUCAGCACGCCGAGCGUGGCAUCUGCAGCCUACGAGGAAGGACAUGGAGCUGGAGGUCCCUAAGACGAGGUCCCUCUCUGAACGGCACGUAUCGCCGGGACCUCCUCCUAACAACUCCCAGAAGCCCCCAGGAGCCCCCGAGAGGCCUCCAGGAGGCCUCCAGGAUCCGCGAGUUCGCCCGCGGCGGCGGACGCCGCCCGCGGGCCCGCAGGGACCUUGCCCCUCCAGCAGUGUGAUCAGAAUCCAAGCAGGCCUCCACGAGGCGCCAAAAGAGACACCAAGAGAUACGGUAGAUUCGCGCAGCGUCGGCGCGCGUAAAUCGCGCCGACCGCGCCGACCGUUCAACCGAACCGAGCGCGGUCCCGAUUGUGCAACAUUGAAUUCCGUCGGGUCCAGUGGCGUUGCCGUGUCCCUCGGUGGUUCCGCGUCACAAGAAUGCAACCUUGAACGCCUUCGCCAGCGUCGCCGGCGUUCCAACGCGGCAUGAGCCAACGCGGAAGGAGGCUAUGGUACCAACUGUGCGCCGACCCAGCCCCUGGCAAACGCCAAUGCAAAGUGAUUGAGGGUGCACGCUCGAUACACAUUGCUAACUGGCCCGAUCUCACUGUGCACUGGUAGCGUAGCGCACG